UCUAGGCCCGAAACGUCAGCUUUUGUGCUCCUGAGAUGCUGCUUUGCCUGCUGUGUUCAUCCAGCCUCACAUUUUAUUAUCUCAUUAUCAACCACGCCUCUUUCGCACAAUACACACUUGACGUGGCUGUUGAGUAACCUGUAGGUACAAAUAUCGAAGUGCUGCGAUUAUCGUUGUAAGAAAAUGGAGACAUUUGCCUUGAGCUGGUUGCUGUUGGGCUGGCAAUGUUCGGUCAUGCCGGCGUGGGGGCAGGAGUUUUACACCGCGGCGGUCUAUGAACAUGCAGCAGUGCUCAACCCAUCCGGGAAAAUCCCCUCCACACGUCAGGGGGCGCUGAGACACAUGAGAAAAAACCUGCAUAUCUAUCGGGAACAAGUCUUUGCAGCAAGCAAACAGGGAGUUAAGAUAAUUGUAUUCCCAGAGGAUGGUCUCCAAGGAUUUCAGUUCAACAGGACUUCUAUUUUUCCUUAUUUGGAGCCUAUUCCAGAUCCUGAUGUUGUUCAAUGGAAUCCCUGCCUGCGUCCAUCCGCAUAUAAUGGUACAGAGGUCCUUCAUCAGUUGAGCUGUAUGGCAAGAAAUGGCAGUAUGCACUUGAUUGCAAACAUGGGAGAGAGACAAACCUGUGAGCAAAGCGAUCCCAAAUGUCCGCCAGAUGGAAGAUAUCACUUUAACACAAAUGUAGUUUUUGAUGCUGAAGGUACUCUCAUAGCUAAAUACCAGAAAUGGAACCUUUACUUUGAAGAUGCUUAUGACACACCUAAAACAGUGCAACACGUCAUCUUUGAUACACCUUUUGCUGGAAGAUUUGGCAUCUUUACUUGCUUUGAUAUAUUGUUCUAUGAGCCAGCAGUAAGUUUAAUUGAGAAUUAUGGUGUAAAACAAAUUAUAUUUCCUACUGCCUGGAUGAACCAGCUGCCACUCUUAUCUGCAAUAGAAUUUCAUCAAGCAUUUGCUGCUGCAUUUGGGAUCAAUCUUUUUGCAGCCAAUCAGCAUCAUCCUGAAUAUAAUAUGACAGGAAGUGGCAUCUAUACCCCAUUAGAUUUCGCUUAUUAUUACAACUCCGAGACCAGCGAAGGUAAACUUCUUGUGGCCAAGGUCCCUAUAAUUACAUCCACCCAAAAUCACAGCCUACAACAGUCUAAGUCACAUAUGACAUCAGAAUUUCUUGAAGAGACUAAUUAUCUUGAAGCUUCUCUCCUUCAGAAGGAGGGAGGAAAGCAAGAACAAACUGGUCCAUUGGAAAGCAAUGAUCCUGGUUAUGUGUUUCAUAAUGUCAUGAUGUUUGAUAAUUACACAUUUACCUCUUUGACAGGCUUGCAAGGUAAUUUGCAAGUCUGUUCCAACACCCUCUGUUGCCAUGUAGCUUACGAACGUAGCGGUCACACAGAUGGUAACCUGUAUGCGUUAGGAGCCUAUGACGGGCUUCACACAGUGAAUGGCAUUUAUUACAUACAAGUGUGUGCAUUGGUGAAGUGUGCAGGAUCCAGUUAUGACACAUGUGGCCAAAGUGUUACAACUGCCUCUGAUAUCAUAGACUUUAGAUUAUGGGGGAAUUUCAGCACAAUCCAUAUUUAUCCAGAAAUAUUGGCUGAUGGGAUGAAAAUUUAUCGUGCAGAUACCAGAGGAUGGGCUACCAAUAAUUAUUAUAUGACCAAGAAGGGGAUGUCGGCAGGUCUUAUCACUGCAGUACUCUAUGGAAGGUGGUACGAGAAAGAUUAUUGUUGUUGAGUUCUCUGUCUGAAUGUAGCUGAGGAGAAUUAUUAACUAAAAUACAGGAAUAUGAUGUGUCAUUUUACUGCAAAUUAGGCAAAACUGGGUUUUUUGACUAUACCUCAUCCAGAAUGAGGAUUGCAUCUUAUACUGUUGACAGGAUAUCUACUAACUAAUUUCAGGGAACUGUGGAAAAGCAGGGAGGUUUAGGAGUUCAAUUACAGAAAACAUAAAAGCCAGAAGACAGGACCAGAAAAGUGUAAUUGACCAAUGAAAUGAUCACUGUUAUUUCAAAGUUCCUGGAAGAUCAAGGAUGGAGAUAAUAGCCCUGUUGCAUAAAGGUCUGGUUCAACCCCAUUCACAGUGUUUCCAACUUGCAUAAUGGAGGAGUUGGGGAGGAUAUAUUUUUAUUUGAGGGUGUGUAGCACAGAAUGCUGCUGGGCCUGCUGGAUUUAAAGAAUGAGGAUAGUUUGCACAGUAAAACUUUGUAUUCUUUUCAAAUAUAGAAAAUGAAGAUGCAACGAAAUUACAGUGUUUAAGAUCAUUUAAAAGAGCUGUUAGACUAGAUCAAGUGAAAUAAGUUAUUUCCUCUAGUGGUGGACGCAGAACAAGUCAGCAACGUAAUCAUAAUCUUAGAGAUAGGCUUUUCAGACAUCAUGUCAAGAAGAAAUCUUGAUGGAAAGACGGGAGAAUGUCUGAAAGUCUCCCAAAAAAAGCUGAGGUGAGGUCCCCUGAAAAUUUCUAAAUUCUGGUUGGGGGAAAAAGUCUGAGAUUUUGGAACUGAAAUGACCAUUUGGCCUAUUGAAUCUGCUCUGCCAUUCAACCUUGUCUGAUGUGUUUCUCAAUCACAUAGCCCUGCCUUCUCCUUGUAACCUUCGAUCCCUUUACCAAUCAAGAACCUAUCUAUCUCUGUCUUAACACAAUCAAUAUUUGUUAGGCAAGCUAUAAUGGUGCCAAGAUGAAAAUUAUGGACUUAGGGUACAGUUCAUCCACGGGGUAAAUGAAUGAGUAAAAUAGACUGGAAAGAUUAACUGUCCUACGCCUAUGUGCUCUGAAGCUUAGGAUUGAAAGAAAUGACAGCAAAGUCAAUUAAAUAACAUUCACUGUAAACACCUUAUUCAGGCUUUGUACUUCUGUGCUGUGAUAACUUUAUAUAUUUCCUAUACAUUUUCAAUACUUACAAAAUAGGGAAUUGUACACAACUCCUCUUAAAAACUAUUACCUUCUGAACUUGGGAGAUGAAUAAAUGAAUUAGUUAAAUUUUCUACUGUUAGUACAGUUACAUCCUCAAAGCAAAUGUCUUGUGACAUGAUAAAUUUGUUGCUUUUAUCUUUUUAAUUUUACUACUCCAGUUGCAUUUGACUGUUGCUGGAAAUUGAUCUUGCCAGGGUUGAAUAUAUUUCUGGAAUCAAAGUAUGGAAACAUCAAACACAGGCUUUUCAAAGAGUGAAUACAAACCCAUACUAAUGUCUUACAUUGCUUACAUCUGCACAAAGUCAUCAGGGCUCUAAUUAUAUGUUUAACUCACUACUAAGAUACUUUAACCACACUUGUGUUGGGAGGAGAGCGCAGAAUUUAAGCUUUAACUAAACUGGAUUUAUUGAUAUGCCCAUAGAUAGGUUUGCCUAAGUUUUUUUUCCUUCAGUAAUUAGAGAUAAUUACAAUGGGAAAGAAAUGUGAUGCCUACUGCUCAAUGUCUGUACUUAAGCGAGGAAAUCAAAUGGAUACCAAUAAAAUUUGUUGUAGGAUCAUCCCCUG